UUUGUUUUUAGUAUUGGAAUCACCUUUCCCUUGGAAACCGUAAUAGUCGGGGUCUUAUAUAUUUUUCUGUUACAGAUCUGAAACUUAGCUGCAGCUGAAGUGACUAAUGACGCUAAAGAUGCAUACAAGUACAGAGGAAGAACUGAAAAAUGAUACAUUAAGCAACUGUAAAGUGUUGUGGGUUCAAGAGCAUGUGUAAUAUCCUUCAAAGACUUGACAAGAGUCUGUCUUCAGACAUCAUGACUUUGCUGGAAUCUAGACCUCAGAAUACGUGCAAAUGUUUUUUUUAAAAAAAGCAUUAAUCAUCUGGCUUGGUGGCAGAGAUGGCUAGUAAGAGGAAAUCCACAACUCCCUGCAUGAUACCAGUAAAAAAGCUGGUGCUGCAGGAAACUGAAUCAGAUGUUGUGGAAGAUGAUCGUGGAGGAAUACAACAGGACACACGUCCUGAAGCCCCGGCUGCUAGUGACACUGUUGUUAACCAUAACAAUAAUGGAACAUUGUCUAAUGGGCAUCGAAGUCUUGCAGAGGGUGAUACUUAUGUGUGUAAGUAUUGUGAAUUUGGCUCUCAAGAUGUUAGUCAUUUCUUUGGGCACAUGGAUUCUGAGCACUUAGACUUCAGCAAAGACCCCUUGUUGGUGUGCACAGAGUGCAGUUUUCUGGCAAAAAGCCAUGAAGGGCUCUUGCAACACAAUGCAGAGUGCCAUGCUGGAGAAAUUGGCUUUGUCUGGAAUGUGGUUAAGCAGGACAAUCAUACUACUGUGGAGCAAAGCAUCUGUGAUGCCACCAGCAACCAAGACCUUCCAGGGGAAAUCCCUGGGGAAGGGGUGGAUAGUCAAGCUGAAAUCAUCAUUACCAAAACACCCAUUAUGAAGAUAAUGAAAGGUAAGACUGAAGCCAAAAAGAUUCACACGCUGAAGGAGAACAUAAGCAAUCAGUCUGCCAAUGAACCAGAGAUGAAAAAUGGUGACCAUCUGUUCACAAAUGGGUCUGUGCCGGUUAGCCAGUCAGUUUCAGGCUCUGCAAAACCAUCUCCCAUAGUCAAUGGCUCCAUAAUAGGCAGUGUGCCUGUCUUGCAGACAGGUGUUGCACAUCUUGUACCAUUGCAACAGCAGCCGCUAUUACACCAACAGCUACCCACAUCCAAAUCCCUUCCAAAGGUAAUGAUUCCGCUGAGCAGCAUUCCAACAUACAACGCUGCCAUGGACUCCAACAGCUUCCUGAAAAACUCUUUCCAUAAGUUCCCAUAUCCCACAAAAGCUGAGCUAUGCUACUUGACUGUCGUGACAAAGUAUCCAGAAGAACAGCUUAAGAUCUGGUUUACUGCCCAGAGGCUGAAACAAGGCAUCAGCUGGUCACCGGAAGAGAUAGAAGAUGCACGGAAAAAAAUGUUCAACACGGUUAUCCAGUCUGUACCGCAGCCUACCAUUACAGUUUUGAAUACGCCCCUAGUUGCAAACACCAGCAGCGUCCCACAUCUUAUUCAGGCAACUUUGCCUGGGCAUGUGGUUGGACAACCAGAAGGAACAGGAGGGCUGCUUGUUACGCAGCCAAUAAUGACAAAGGAGUUAAAAGGCACCAAUUCCUCUCUCACUUUAACAGUGACUUCUAUUCCCAAGCUCCAGCCUGUGACACAGCACAACACAGUGUGCUCAAAUACUGCAUCUACUGUGAAAGUGGUCAACACUGCUCAGUCUCUGCUAACUGCAUGUCCUACCAUAUCCUCACAGGCUUUCUUGGAUCCCAACAUCUACAAAAAUAAGAAGUCCCAUGAACAGCUAUCUGCACUGAAGGGCAGUUUUGGUCACAAUCCAUUCCCAGGCCAUGCUGAAGUUGAGCGGUUGACAAAAAUUACAGGCCUCUCUACAAGGGAAGUUCGAAAAUGGUUUAGUGAUAGGAGAUACCAUAACAGGAACGUGAAAGGUGGUAGAGGCAUGUUUGUGGGAGAUAACACAAUAGACUCGCUGACUGAAAUGACCUUCCCUGUAUCAACAAAAGGCACAGAGUUAACCUCUAUGACUGCAGCAACACCUGUGACUCAUCAUCACACCAGGCGGCAAUCUUGGCAUCAGACACCUGACUUCACACCGACAAAAUACAAAGAGAGAGCACCAGAGCAGCUCAAAGCUUUGGAAGGCAGUUUUGCACAAAAUCCUUUCCCUUCAGAGGAAGAAGUGGACCGUUUGAGGAGUGAAACAAAGAUGACGAGGAGGGAAAUUGAUAGCUGGUUCUCCGAGAGGAGGAAAAAAAAGCUGGCCGAGGAAAACAAAAAGGUGGAUGAAAUGGCUCAGCAAGAGGAGGAAGAUGUUGUUGAGAAUGACUGCGGAGAAGGGGAAGACUCUUCCGAUGAACUGAGGGCCUCCAGUGAGAAUGGUUCAGUGGAUAUGCCUGGCAGCAGUCAAACUGCAGCAGAGCGGAAAGUCAGCCCUAUUAAAAUCAAUCUGAAAAAACUUAAAGUGACAGAGUCCAAUGGCAAAAAUGAACUGCAGGGUUUAAGUGCAAAUAGGAAAGGGGACAGCCCUUCUAGCAGGCCGCCUACCCCCCAUAAAACCAAAUUAAACUUAAAAAAAACAGCCCAGCAGCGGCAUUUGCUUAAGCAAAUGUUUGUGCAGACACAGAGGCCAACAAAUCAAGAGUACGAUGCCAUUGUUGCUCAGACAGGCCUGCCGCGGGCGGAGGUAAUCCGCUGGUUUGGAGAUAGCCGAUACGGCUAUAAAAACGGUCAGUUGAAAUGGUAUGAGAACUACAGGCGCGGGAUCUUUCCUCCAGGUCUAGCUGAAAUCAGCCCAGACAGCAAGGAGCUCCUUGAGGACUAUUACAAGAAGCAUAAGAUGCUGCGUGAAGAUGACCUGCAGACCUUGUGUGAGAGAACUCAGUUGAAUUCACAGCGGGUUAGGGUGUGGUUUGCUGUAAAGGUGGACGAGGAAACCAGGGCCGUGUCUGACACCGGCAGCGAAGACAGGUGUUCGAGCUCUGGAGAUCCGGCAGGAAAUCAAAAAGGGACGUCUGACGCCUGUUCUGAGGUGUCCGAGAACAGCGAAUCCUGGGAGCCCGGGGGCCAGGAAGGCAGCUCGGACCCCUCAGACACGUUCAGCCAGCAGCCCACGGUCCCGCUCGGUAGGUACCCGACUGAUCGUUCAGCUGCGGAGGUGUUUUAAACAGAUUGAACUUAAACUGCCUGCUCUGAAGGAUCUGCUCUUACCUUUGAGAAGAUUUAAACUCCAUGGGCCUGAUACCAAUCCCAGUAGCAGGACAUGGGGCAAAGGCACUGCCAUAAAGGAGAUCUUUUAGUGCAGCACAACAGAGAGAGAAUGCCAGAAAACUGGGCUCUCAGGCUGCAGACAGCUCUGCACUAACCUAGAAUACUGCUUGGAGCUGGGCAGAGUAGGGUGUCCGUGAGAGCCUCUCCCUCCCAUGAAAUAGGAUGCUCUUGUUUGCUUUCCAGUGGACAAACUCUUUCAGAUUUCAUAUUCGUAUACAAAUAAUGGAACCAACUUUUUUAAAUGCACACAGCCAUCUAUACAGGCAUAAUGAAUUUUGGACUCUGAUUGCAUAAACAUGCUCACUGCAUAGAAAUGGACUAUCAUGGCACAAUACAUCUGUACCUUCAUCCGUCUGCAAUGUAUUUGUUCUCUAAAGGUUGCAAUUGUUAUGUAUGUCUCCUGCUCUUGGGUCCCUAGUACAGUUCGUGUGCACACCUUAGGGAGGGAGCAGUAUCUGAGAACCAAUAUGCGGUCUUGUGCUCCAGAACAGGAAUCAGUGGGCUGGAAAUAGCUUUCCCUUCUUGGGGUGGAUUGAAAUUGGCUAUUUUAUGCCUCUUAGGAGCUAGUGAGUUCAAAACUUUGUAAGGCCCAGGAGAUGGAGUUUGCAGUGGCUUGUCCCCUACCGGCUGCAGUAAUUUUUUUUUCCUAUGCUUGAAGAUGGAAUGUAGCACAGCCUGUGAGUCUCCAAGUCUCCCUUUAAUUACAGAGAGCUAGCACUUAAUUUUUCCAUCCUGACCUGGAAUUCCUUUUAUUGUUCACAGAGAACAAACUGUUCUUCAGAGAACAAAUACCUUAAAAAUUAAGUGUGUGCGUUCAUGUUUCAAGUCAUUAUGGUCUAGGAGGAAUCUAUUAGACAGGCAACUAGGGUUACAUAUAGGAAACUUGCCUGUUACAGAACUAGUUGAAUUAGAUCCCAACAAUAACUUAGUCACAUUUGUCCAAGCCACUUUCCUCAGUCAUCCUGGCUGGCGUUCUGUGGGGAAGGGGGUGAGGGGGGAGGCAUUUUU